AUGGGAGACAGAAGAAAGGCUGGUUUUAUAGGCUUGUAUUUGAUUCUACUUAUCACCAUACUAUAUGGUGGUGGUGGUGGUGGUGGUGGUGGUGGUGGUGGUGAUGGAAUCUUGGUUGUGGAGAGUGCACCAAACACCAACAUCACUCAAGUGCUCUGCAAUUCUGGUGUGUACACGAGAGGCGAUCCCUUCACGCAAAGCCUGGACUACGUCCUCAAGGACAUUCAAAGCUCCACCCCUUCUCGCCCCUCUCGCGAUUACAAGACCAUCUCUCCAUUCCCAAACGCCUUUGCGUACGCAAGAGCCACCUGCACCCCCUCACUCUCUCCUUCUGAUUGUGCAACCUGCCUGGUAAGCGCGGUGUCCGUGAUGCAGCAGACAUGCACCAAUCGCAUAGGUGCAAGGGCGGUGCUUUACGACUGCUCAGUCAGAUAUGAGCAAUACCCAUUUUCUGAUUGA